UAUGCAGGCAAAAUGACUUACUAUACUCCUGGUAUGGGAGCCUGCGGCGUCACCAAUUCGGAGUCGGAUUGGAUUGUUGCCAUAUCCCACGAAAUGUUCGAUACGAAGGCACAGGGCGCCAACCCUAACGCGAACGGAUUCUGCAAACAGCCAAUCACCAUCUACUAUGACGGCAAGUCCUACAAAGCUCAGAUCACCGACCGCUGCGAAGGUUGUGCGUACAACGAUAUUGAUAUGCCGAAGUCGAUGUUCAGCACCAUCUCUAACGGAAACGUCGAUGCAGGCCGCCUGCCAGUCACCUGGAGC